AUGUCAGCAUACAUCGCAAUGAAAGGAGUAAUAACAAACGUCGAUGAGAACAUAAGAAAUGAUGAAGAUGUGGCUUUUGAGUACGAAAUACAAAAGACACCGCAGAACAUACUUACAUGGAAAAGAUAUAUCGAGUAUUGGAAAGAGGAGGGAAGAACUGACAAACAGAUUAGGUGGCUAUAUGAAAGAUUUUGUUCACAAUUUGUAACAGAUACAAGUAUAUGGGAAGAUUAUAUACGCUGGGAAUCAACAAAGGAAGUAGUCGAAACUUCACGUAUUUUCUGGCUUUUUCAAAGGUGCCUGAAAAGCUGUGUACGAGAUUGUGACAGGAUAUGUUUGUCUUAUUUAGAAUUGGCAAUUGAACAAUAUGACUUGGCAAUGAUAAGGCAUGCCUUAGCUUCAUCUUUAAUGAAAAUGGAGAGAGAAAUGCAUCGGAAAGUUUGGGAUCCUGUCAUAAAAUUUGUGGAAGAAAAAGUUUUACCAUUAACGCAACUGGAUUCAACUCAAGAAGAUGAAGAAGAAAGUACUGAUGAAGCUGAAUUGAUAAAUGUACUUUUAGUGAAGGGUUUCACGAAGGGAGGUUUUAUUAGCGAGGAAAUUAGUGAAAACGGAAGUAGAGGUGAUAUUUGGUCGUCACAUAUUUUAGAAAGAUACUUAAAAGUGGCUCCUCAGCAAAAACGAAAUGAAUCGCUGGCAACUCUUGCAUUAACUAGAGACAAUAUUACCAUCAAAUCAGUAUAUGAAAAGUAUUUGCCACAAGAUGAAAAUAGUGGGAAGUAUCUACCUAGUUCAGAACUGCCUUUUGAAUUAAAUUUCAAUUAUUUGGCCAGCCUAGAAAAACUAGGUUUAGAUAAUCAAUAUGAGGAGUUCAUGAGGCAAAUGAAUGGCAUAUAUCCCGACAAAUGGCUUUUUUUGAUCCUAUCACUUGCCAAAUAUUAUAUCUCUCGCGGGAGGCUUGACAGUUGUGGUGAUUUAUUGAAGAAAAGUUUACAGCAAACACUUAGGUACAGUGAUUUUGAUCGCAUCUAUAAUUUCUAUUUGCUAUUUGAGCAAGAGUGCUCCCAAUUUAUUCUGGGAAAGCUAAAGGAAAAUGACAGCAAAUUCUUUAAUCAAAAAGAUUGGACUGAAAAGUUACAAGCUCAUAUGGCGACAUUUGAAUCUUUAAUCAACUUAUAUGAUAUCUAUUUGAACGAUGUCGCACUAAGGCAAGAUUCCAACUUGGUGGAAACGUGGAUGAAAAGAGUGUCCUUGCAGAAGUCAGCAGCGGAAAAGUGUAAUGUGUAUUCAGAAGCUAUACUGAAAAUUGAUCCCCGAAAAGUUGGUACGCCUGGCUCUUUCGGUAGGCUUUGGUGUUCGUAUGGGGAUUUGUAUUGGAGAUCAAACGCAAUUAGUACAGCUAGAGAAUUGUGGACACAAUCUCUGAAGGUACCGUAUCCUUAUAUAGAAGAUCUGGAAGAAAUUUACCUAAACUGGGCUGAUAGAGAAUUAGAUAAAGAAGGGGUGGAAAGAGCUUUUUCUAUCCUUGAAGAUGCAUUACAUGUGCCAACAAAUCCAGAAAUUCUCCUCGAAAAAUAUAAGAAUGGACACAGAAAAAUACCUGCUCAAACUGUUCUAUUCAACUCAUUACGUAUUUGGUCCAAAUACAUUGAUUAUCUAGAGGCUUACUGCCCAAAGGAUGCAAAUUCCUCCGAUAAAAUAUUCAAUAAGACAAAAAUGGCAUACAAUACUGUUAUUGAUUUGAGAUUGAUCACUCCAGCAAUGGCAGAAAAUUUUGCAUUGUUCUUACAAAAUCAUUACGAAGUCAUGGAAAGUUUUCAGGUGUAUGAGAAAACAAUCCCUCUGUUUCCCCCCGAAAUCCAAUACGAAUUAUGGAUUGAGUAUCUAGAAGUAGCGACAUCACAUCAAUUGUCAUCACUGAGUCCUGAACAUAUUAGAUUUUUGUUUGAGAAAGCACUUAAGAAUCUAUGUUCAAAUGGUAUAGACUGUAAAACAAUUUUUAUCGCUUAUAGCGUAUUUGAAGAAAGGAUAAGUGGUCUGAUUAGCAAGAGUAUUGAGAUAUUACGUAGAGGUGCUGUAAUAGGUACUGUUAGUGUGAGCACGCACCUCGAAAGUAGACUGCAACUGUGGAGAAUGUGUAUUUCCAAGGCCGAGUCUACUUUGGGACCAUCAGUAACCAGAGAGUUGUACCAAGAAUGCAUUCAAAUUUUACCAAACUCUAAAGCUGUUGAGUUUGUGAUUAAAUUUUCAGAUUUCGAGAGCUCUAUAGGAGAAACUAUUCGAGCACGUGAAAUCCUUGCCUAUGGUGCAAAGCUUCUUCCUCCAUCCAGAAAUACUGAAUUAUGGGAUAGCUUUGAAAUUUUUGAGUUAAAACAUGGGGAUAAGGAAACUUACAAAGACAUGUUGAAGAUGAAGAAGGUGUUGGAAUCCAACAUGCUCAUUGAUUCAGCUAGCGUUAGCCAUGAGGAAGGUAACAUUAACUUCGUGGCGGCAGCAACCUCGCAUGCUCCCAACUCGCAUACUCUUACCCAAUCAACCUCUUCAUAUUCGAUUAAUCCAGAUGAAAUAGAACUAGAUAUUUGA